AGUCAGAGUUUGAUUCUUCUAUCUAAAUUUCUCAAAAACAUCAUGCUUCGUUUUUUGAUCCUUUCUUUGGUUUCGUUUGCCGUCAUCAUUAGUUGCAUGGGACAGACUUUCCAAUAUUCCCGCGGUUGGACAAAUGGUAAGAGAUCAUCAUCUCAUCUUCACGAAGAUCCAGCAUUAGCUGAAAUAUUCGAAGCUCCAACAGAGUCAGAAAGGCGGUUAGAAAAGUGCAUUUUUCAACUUCAACAUUUCAUGCAUAAUCCAUACUUGAUGCGACCAUCACCAUAUGCCACCAACCUAUUCACAAGUAGCAACAGCGGUAAUAUCCGCCAUCAACCAAAUGAAAUGUUUGAAGAUUCAGCUUCAGAGCCUGCUGAGUUCUCAACAAAACAUAAUUAAAGGAUUAAUUAUAAGACUUGCAACAACAACUCUAAUCAAGACAACUCCUAGAUAAAAAAUGCUUUGAAAUUUGAGAAUCAUUAUAUUCAUCAUCGAAUCAUUGUGAAUCAAUGUGAAGUAAAAUUUAUUUUAUAAUUUAAACUUUCAAUAGGAUUAAAAAUCCUUAAAAAAAUAAAAAAAAAAAUAUUUAUUUAUGGAUGUAAAUUAUGUAUAAACAUUUUAAAGAGGCUGGACUUAAUAUAAGAA